AUGGCGCCGACCAUGCCCUUCGAGGCCUUUGGCACUUGCCGCGACGUCGACGAGUUCGAGAAGCUCAACCGCAUCGGCGAGGGCACGUACGGAACGGUCUACCGGGCGCGCGACCGGGCGACCGGCGAAAUCGUGGCGCUCAAGCGCGUGAUCCUGCACAACGAGAAGCAAGAUGGCUUUCCCAUCACGGCCAUUCGCGAGAUCAAGCUGCUCAAGCGGCUGCGCCAAGAGAACUGCGUGCAGCUCAAAGACGUGGUCGUGGGUCGCAAGCGCUCGGGCGUCUUUCUUGUCUUUGAGUACUGCGAGCACGACCUCUCGGCGCUGCUGACCAACGUCCGCCACCCGUUCACCGAGUCGGAGGCCAAGCGCGUCUUGAUCGAGCUCCUUCGCGCCGUCGAGUACCUUCACAGCCUCAACAUCAUCCAUCGAGACCUCAAGCUCUCCAACAUCCUGUACGAUGGCUUUGGCCGCGUCAAGCUCGCCGACUUUGGCUUGGCGCGCGAAACGGGGUACCCCAUGGAAAUGAACCUGACGCCCAAGGUCGUGACCCUCUGGUACCGCGCACCCGAGCUCCUCUUUGGCUGCGAGACGUAUACGGCUGCGAUCGACAUGUGGGCGAUCGGCUGCAUCUUUGGUGAGCUCAUCUUGAACGAACCGCUCAUGAACGGGUCCACCGACUUGGACCAGGUCCAAAAGAUCUACCAGCUUCUGGGCCGACCCAACGAGCGCAUUUGGCCAGGUCUCUCGGCGCUACCGCAUGCCUCCAAGUUUCACAUCGACGGCGCGUCGUCGUACAGCACGCUCGAACGGGUCUUUGAGAAGCGGCUCUCGAGCAGCGGCAUGAACCUGCUGGCGCAGCUCUUGGCGUACGACCCAAAGAAGCGGCUCACGGCGACGGAGGCGCUCGCCCAUCCGUACUUUAACGAAAAGCCAUUUCCCAAGGAGCCCGGCAUGAUGCCGACGUUUCCGUCGCAGCACCCCGAGAUGCAGCGCGGCGCCGCGGCCACGCGAGGCGACGACCGAUUCGGCCACGCCUUUGGUCGCAGCAGCAGCAGCAGUAGUACAAGCGCGAAGAAGCGUAAGGUCGGCUAA